AUGGAAAAGAAGAGUUCGAUUGUUGUGACAGUUCAUGGAAAUGUUACUUCGGCACAGGUUUGUUUGAUUUUUGAUUGUUUUUUUCGAUGAAACAUAAUGUUUUUGAAAAAUUGAACAAUUUUUGAACGCGAAAAUAGAUAAGUGGGAUUUACACAUACGUAAACUUGUUUCGAUGAACACAAAUUUUCAAUUAGUAAUUGGAUUUCUGAAAAUCCCGAAAACACUACGUUUUACAGUUUCCUGAAGAAGAAAAUAUUUGCAUCAAAUUAAAUGUUGCAACGUCAGAAGAUUGGCGAAUAAUAAGUGGAGAUCACAGUGUUUUAUCAUCUUUCUCAUUUCGUGGUGCAACUUCUCAUAUGAAUAUUGAUCUACCUUUUGAAACUUCUUAUAAAUCUAGCACGCCGUAUAUGUGUGAGUUUGUUCGACUGAAUUGGGAUUCGCAAACAAGUUUUUGCCGGUCAAAAGAUCUUGAUCUUUUUGCGAGUUUUUGAAAAAUUCCGAUAAUUCGACAAAAAAAAAAAGGACAUCGUGUUCUGAAAUGUUUUAUUUUCGUAAAAAAGUGUUGAUCCUUGUUUUGAUAAUAUUUUGGAACAGUUGGAACGGAUUACCGUAGAUUGUAAACAGAUACGAAACACAGGCAUAAAUUUCUGACUUUUUUUCCUGUCGGCUCCGCCCCCUGCCACGAUUACACGUUUCACGUUUUUAAAAUAAUUUUUUCGUUUUCAUCUUUUUUUUCUUCACUAAAUUUCGAAAUUUAAAAAAUCAGAAAUAAUUAUUCAUUGAAAAAAAAACGUGCCGCACCUUGCCAAAUAAAUCCCGCCUCCCGAAUCACGCGAGAAUUUGUUUUUUCUGCGACAGGCAUUUCUGAAUUAAAAAGUCAAGAAUUUAUGCCUGUGCGAAAUGAAAUAUUGAAAGUUAAACUGCUACUGUUUGCAGGUGUUUCACAAGUUUCUUUAAUAUUCAAAUCUUCAAGAAAACCGAAAAAAUAAUUGUCAAAAUUCAAUGCAGACAAAUGUGAAAUGAAACAUCAUAAUUUUGUUCACGUGAAAAUCAUAAAAAGAUCUUAUCCAAAAAAUUCGCAGAAAUAUUUCAACUGAUCAGAAAAAAAAACCAUUUUCAGGGCCUCGAUAUGUGUUUAGUUGUUAUUCGAAAAAUCGAUCAGGAAAUGAUUGUCUCAAGGCAUACGGGUCACUUUUUGUGCCAACAACACCAGGAAGACAUUUGAAAAGAGUUUAUUGUUUUCUACCUGAACCAUCUUCAAUGAUUCAAAGGAUAACUGCAAGAAUUCGCGAACUGAAUGCCGAACUUGUGAAUCCACUUAUGCCUGGUUUCUCAGAUGGAAGACAUGGUAUUUUUUUGAUGAAAUAUUUUGUUUUAAUAAUCGAGUUUUUUCAGCACUUCGAGUGACAUCCAAAGGUUAUCUCGAUAUCGAGAUCAACAUCAGCAUCAAAUGUACAGAUACAAGUUUGCAAUUCACUUCAAUGUCUCAUAACACAACUCCUUCCUCAACAAGUAAUUUGAAUAAUUCAGAUGGCUCUGACGAUCAAGUACUUGAGAAUAUUAUUAAAUAA